CCAAAACCUGCAUUUGAACACCCCAAGCACCCCAAAAGCAGAUCUAUAUCUCCUCCAUCCCGAUCCGCAGGUUCCUUCUUUCCAACUUCUCUCUCUUCAACCCUUCUUCAUCCCUGAAAAAUUCCCCGAUACAGAAUUCCAAGACCUCCAAAUCCAGCAGCCAAGUCCCAAAGAUCUACAGAAUGCCUCUCUUUACGCGUCACGCAGACGAAGUCCCCGCUCAAGAGAAGGAAGUUGACCCACCCAAGCGCCGCUCCACCCUCUUCGGCCGUAACCGCGACGUCUCGCCUGCUAACACGACCAACACGCGCAAUACGACACAAACGCAGAACUCAGCAGGUUCCGGGGGAAGUCCUCAUCGGCGAAGCGGCCUCUUGCACAGAAGAGAUGAGGAUCCGACGAUUAUUGCGGCGAGGGAGAGGGUCAUGGGUGCCGAGGCUGCGGAACGGGAUGCGGAUCGUGCCUUGGCUGCUGCGAAGCAUGCGGUCAGAGAAGCGAGGGAGCACAUUAAGAGAUUGGAGCGGGAGGCUGCUGAGGAGGCGAGACUUGCCAGAAUCAAGCAGGAUCAGGCUAGGUCGAUGACGAAGCGGGGGAAGGGUCUUGGUCGUCACGAUCACAUCUAGAGCCCCUCCCUAUGAUGACGGGAUACGCACUACCACGAGUCUAUUUUGCACUCCAAGAAACAAAUACCCAAGCGGUCGAUUUCAGUUCCUCUGCUUCUUGGCCGACUUUGUACCAGUAUCUUAUUAAAAUCCACUUGUAUUAUAUCUUAGCGUUGUUUGUUUGAUAGCGAAUUUUCAAACUAUACAAGAAAUUAGCGCGUCCUGAGAUUGAGGUGUUUGUAGGUCAUUAUGCACAUCAAGUCGUCUAUCAAUUUCCCAGUAUGAAUCACUGACAGUGUGGGGGGAAAAUACUCAAGCUACUCAAGCUACUCAAGCUACUCUAGAGUAGUCUUAAUUAAAGUAGAGUAGAGUAGAGUAGGGUUUGAGUAGCGUAAUAUGGUACUUGAGUAAAGUAGAGUAAAGUACUACUCUAGAGUUGCUCAAGAGUAGUCACGUGCAAGUUAUAAAAAUCUAGUAAAUUAAUAUUUAUUUAAUUAUUAAUAAAUAAAUGAGGC